CUUUCUCUAAUCUCUAUUGUGAAACUAUCUAUGGUCUAAGUGUGAAACGUGCGAUUUAAAAUUAAAUAUGGUUGAUGAUUGAUGUUUCUACUUUUGUGAUAUUUUACUCUGCAAAUGAAGCUUGAAAAAUGUAUUUGUUAUUUAGAAAACACCUGCAUUGGCUAUUUUAUAAGUUUCUUAAUUAAUAAGAAAUAUGGCGAAUUAGUCAAGUUUUCUAUAAUUUGUUGCGUUCUUGUGUUGCCUACACUGGAAAUAUAAAAAAAAUUAACAAAUGAUGAACGUUUUGGUUAUUGUCAAUUCAUUCAAGUUGUAAAGAAUACCACAAAAAUGCCUGCUCAAGAAAUUGUAACAAGUAAAGUAGUGGUGCAUCCUUUGGUGUUACUUAGUGUAGUGGAUCAUUUUAAUCGAAUGGGAAAAAUUGGGAACCAAAAACGAGUUGUGGGCGUUCUCCUGGGUUGCUGGAGAGCGAAAGGAAUGCUGGACGUAUCCAAUAGUUUUGCAGUUCCAUUUGACGAAGAUGACAAGGACAAGACGGUGUGGUUCCUGGACCAUGAUUAUUUGGAGAACAUGUACGGGAUGUUUAAGAAAGUGAAUGCUCGCGAGAAGAUAGUUGGCUGGUACCACACUGGACCGAAACUGCAUCAGAACGAUGUCGCCAUCAAUGAGCUAGUACGGCGAUACUGCUCCAACUCCGUCCUCGUCAUCAUAGACGCAGAGCCGAAGGAUUUGGGCCUGCCCACGGAGGCAUACCGUAUGGUCGAGGAAGUGCACGAUGACGGCUCGCCCACGUCGAAAACCUUCGAGCACGUGCCGAGCGAGAUUGGUGCGGAGGAGGCGGAGGAGGUGGGGGUGGAGCACCUGCUGCGGGACAUCAAGGACACCACGGUGGGGACUCUGUCGCAGAGGAUCACCAAUCAGCUGCUGGGCCUGAAGGGUUUGCACCUGCAGAUUCGAGACAUCAGGAACUACCUCCUGCAGGUGGUGCAAGGGAAGCUACCUAUCAACCAUCAGAUAGUUUACCAGUUGCAAGACAUUUUCAACCUCCUUCCAGACAUCAACGAUAACAAUUUUGUGAACUCGCUUUACGUGAAGACAAACGACCAGAUGCUUGUAGUGUAUUUGGCAGCCCUCAUCCGAUCCAUCAUUGCCUUGCACAACCUCAUAAACAACAAACUUACCAAUAGGGAUGCAGAGAAGAAGGAAGGGAAGAAGGACGAACCUAAAGACAAAAAAGAAGACAAGACAAAAGAGGAAACAAAAGAAGAAAAGAAAAAAUAGAACAGCAUUGUGACUAAGUUUGGUGAUAAAUUUGUUUUACUCUGAAACUUAAAAAAAUACCUCAGUUAAAAUUGAAGAACUGUUGUAAGUGCAUUUCCAUAAUUUUGGAAGGAUUCUGUGGACUUAACUUUUUUUGUUUACUUUUUAAAAAAUUAACUUCUUCCAUUGAAGCAUAAACUUUUGACUCAAAUAAGAAGUACAAAACAGUUGUAAAAUUAUAACUAUGAUUUAUUAAAAAAAAAUAUAUAUAUUCUGCAACAAUUUUAUAUUGAUAUUAUCUUAGUUAUAUUUUUUGUUACAAAGUUAUACAGUGAAUUUGUGCUUAAUGUGAGUAAUUUGAAUUUACUUUUCCUUAUCAAGGUGCUGUACAGGGAUGGGAAAACAUUUGUUUUAAUUGAGUUUUGAAACACUUUUUUUUUGCACUAAUGCUUAUCUUAAUUUAUGGUUAUAAUAAGUACACACAACAAAGUGAAUAAAGUUGCUGUAAAUUUAUUUAAUGUAUGAAUUAGGUUUAAAAAAUUUGUAGUAGUGUCAAAUGUCAUCAUUUGUUAAGUAUCAGGUCGACUGUUAAUGAAUGUGAUUGCUUAGAUUUACACCUGCAAUAUCAGUUUCUCUUGAUAAACUAAAAUAUGUAUGAUGAAAAUAUCACUUCUGUUAUGAAAGUGACAAAGUUAGUAUGGAAAUCAUGAAUAAACAAUGCUGAAAAAAGCCUGAAACUGUACUGAUCCCAUGUUUUGUUAUAAUUAUUUUUUAAUAAUUUUUAUUUGAUAACAUAUCUUGAUGUAUGAAAUAUUUAAUUCAAUAUAUCUUUUAUAUAAA